AUGACUCGCAAGGGUCUUUCAAAGCACUUGAUAAAGUGUGCAGAGGUCUCUAAGGUCCAGUUCCCACUCUGCUGCCCUUACUGCGAUCAUGAAUGCCAGAGAUUGGAAGAAGAUACAUCGAAAGAUGGCGAGCGAUUGGAUGAAUUUGAGAAGCAAUUGAUCCGAGUCACUAAGCAUCUGGCGACUUCCCUCCUGGUUAAACGUCUGUUCGACCCUGCAGAACUGAGACUCCCGGACGGCUCGACAGAGAUGGCACUCAUCAUGCAUAGUGUGUCCAAACGACUUCGGGACGGCUCCAAAGCGCAAGUGCGGAUCCUCAAACCCCACGAGCAUACUGUAGAUCAGGCAGUGGCGGCUGCAAGCACCAAACUGGACGUUGUCCUCGAGUCGCACAGCUAUGGUCGUCUGAUUAACCUUGAGGACUACAGGUCCUUCGAUAACAAGGACCCCGUUUGGCACUUGCCGCUCCCUGACAACGGAGAGCGCCUUGCGACGAUGCUUGAGGGGCUUCUCCUGCAUUCUGGUGAAGACGUUCUUCUCGCGCUCAAGGUGGAGGUUUAUGGUACGGCUGACUAUGAGGAUCCUCACGCUCAGGAUAUAGCUAGGCCAGAGGGCACUAGCUCCUUCAGAGUCGUCAACGUGUGUCACGACAAUACACAUAAGAUCAUGAUUGGCACCAUCAAGUGGUGUGCACUAGUGACGCUCGCUGUCAUGCUCACAGACGGCACAGUCAUUGUGGAUCCAGACAACAAAAUACUUCAACCCAGAUCGACCUCCUGCAUUUGGAUCAAAAAAGACCCAGGAUCAUUUGUCUAUAAUACGAUGCCGCGUCAACUACGAUCCAAGUUUUUCGAGUCAGCAACGUUUGCAAGAUUUGCGGCUGUGCACCAGUUGUUCAAUCAUCACACCUCUAUGCCGGUAACUCUGAAGACGCUCUAUGGCUUCAAGAGCAACAAAGCGUGGUCGGGCGUCAAGGUCGCAGCAUUUGUGUUCCAUCAGCUUUUCAGUCAGAAGAAGAUUGUGAAGGCUGACGUGAUCAAACACGUAAACGAUGCACUAGAACUUCGCAAAGGCAGAUCUUGCGAGCUCCUCAACAUCAUUCAGGAGAUGGCAUGUGAGAUGAGGGAGGAGGAGGCGUUUCCCAAGCCCGUGAACAAGUGCUUAACGGACCUUGCGGGGAAACUCAGUUCUGAGAUCACCAACCUCAAUCACACAGACGUUUUGCAUGCCGUUGAGAAGAAGAUCAAGAGCAUGUUACUUGUCAGCGAAUAA